UGGCACCUCGCGGUGGAAUAACCUGACGCGUGAUAACCUGACAGACGCAGGGAUAGAACAUCUACUGCUACUCCAGCUAACUCCAGCGGAAUGGCAGUGCCGCGAGCUCAGACGCACUUGUGACGCAAUAGUCGUACCAUCUGGGUAGCGUCGCAUCGCGGCAACUUACUAAACUAAGGAGCACCAAUGACUCUCAUUGUGGAGCGAGCGAUUCUACUGGCAUUGAAAAAAUAGAGGAGGUGUUGCCCUCUCUACCAGUGAGAAGGUCAAGCUUGUAGGUAACACGGUGGAGUGUGUUACCGUGGUCGCAGAUUGUGUGGAACCAAACGGUCUUGUGCUUUUCUCUGGAGCAAAUGAGGUGGACUGCUUGUGUGAACUGAAACAUGGGAAGACAAGCCUCUCGGUCAUGAAUCCAUUGCGCCCAGACAUCACCUUAAAGGAAGGUCACAUAGUCAAGCUUGGGGAUCGUGUUGAGCUUGAGAAUCCUGGUGGGCCAGCAUCUUCUCUGCAAGUGGUUAACUACAUUGAACAGAGAACAAAGACAAUAUCACCAAUAAAGGCUGAGGAAAUCAAGGUCGGUCCAUCUGUGACAAACACAGCAAGAAGAGCUGUGCGAGUUGUUGAACCGAAACCGAAAGUGCUUUGCAGUGCACACCAAGGAACUCUGAUGCAUGCCUGUAGUGACCAUGACCAUUCAGGAAAAACCGGAAAGCAUACGAGUGAGUCGGCCCCCUUACCGAGCUUCAUAGGCAUAACGACAGGUGCUUCAGCAAAUCACUGACGAGCUCAAGGCUUGUGGACUGAUCUAAGAUGGCCAGAGUGGGGCUGGCAACAACUGGGCAAAAGGUCACUACACUGAAGGAGCUGAAUUGGUGAACUCGGUUCUUGAUGUUGUUCGAAAGGAAGCAGAAGGCUGUGACUGUCUGCAAGGAUUCCAGCUUAUGCAUUCUCUCGGUGGAGGUUUCAGACACUGUUGUUGAGCCCUACAAUGCCACCCUUUCCAUGCACCAGCUGGUGGAAAACACUGAUGAAACUUACUGCAUCGACAAUGAGACUCUCUAUGACAUUUGCUUCAGAGCCCUCAAGAUCACCACUCCUACAUACAACGAUCUCAACCACCUAGUCUCGGCAACAAUGUCUGGCGUCACAACUUGUCUGAGGCUUCCUGGCCAGCUGAAUGCUGACCUGCGUAAACUGGCUGUCAACAUGGUGCCCUUCCCACGUCUCCACUUCGUGCCUGGUUUCGCUCCUCUGACUUCACGCGACAGCCAGCAGUACAGCGUGCUGACUGUGCCAGAACUGACACAGCAGAUUUUUGAUGCAAAGAACAUGAUGGUUGCCUGUGAUCCAUGCUAUGACCGCUACAUGACCUACAUGACAGUUACUGCUAUAUUCAGGGGCCGGAUAAGUAUGCAAGAAGUUGACGAGCAGAUGCUUAAUGUGCAGAACAAAGAUCCCCGCUACUUUGUAGAGUGGAUCCCAUACAAUGUGAAGACUGCAGUGUGCGACAUUCCACCCCGUGGCCUCAAGAUGUCUGCAGCAUUCAUUGCGAACACCACUGCCAUCCAGGAGUUGUUCAAGAGAAUUUCCAAACAGUUUAGUGCCAUGUUCUGUCGCAAGGCCUUCCUUUACUGGUACACCGGGAAAGGCAUGGAGGAGGUGGAGUUGAUAGAGGCCGAAUCAAACAUGAACAACCUAUUGUCUGAGUACCAGCAGUACUAGGAGGUGACAUCUGAUGACAAGGGAGAGUUUGAAGAUGAAGAGGACCAAGCAGUGAAAUAAGCCUUCUUUUUUUAGCUUGGUGGUUUUUCUUUUUACUUGAAAUAAAGUGUUUAUUUAACA